AGACGCAGACAGGGGCUUGUGGGCUGAUCUCAUAAAGAGGCGAACAGGCAGCCUCUAACUUUUAAUCACACUUCUCACCAAAGAGAAGCCACGAGUCAGAGAGGAGAACGUUUAAUCAACUCUGCGAGGCAGGUGAGACACUCGGGUCACACGCAGACAAGACAAGUGUUUGAAGUUUGGAGAGUCUGCUGGUUCCAGUAAUGAGGGGCAUCCUCGGAGAUGUCAACGCUGGGUGACCCGACAAGGAUUCAGGAACUGUGAGAAGCUGUGAAGGUAAAGCUCCUGGUGGCAGUAUGACUGAGAAGAGGCACUAACAUCUGAGUAACUCCAGACGGCACACACAGAAAGAGAACAGGUGCAUCUCGAGCGCAGCCAUUCACAAAAGUCAUACCUGGUGAAAAUGGAGUCCACUUUCUCACGGGUGAUGUGGGAAACUGAGGGAGAAGCCGAGGAGCUCUCUCCGAGAGGUCUGGGAUUGCGUCGCAAGCGGGAAUUCAUACCUGAAGACAAGAAAGACGCAACCUACUGGGAGAAACGCCGAAAGAACAAUGAAGCGGCGAAGCGCUCGCGAGAGAAGCGGAGGGUCAACGACUACGUGUUGGAGACUCGACUGAUUUCGCUGAGUGAGGAAAAUGCUCGUCUGCGAGCUGAGCUGUUGGCUCUGAAGCUUCGAUAUGGUUUGCUUAACCCUGGAACGCCUUAUUCCACAUCUCAAAGGGCUCUGUCUCAGCUUCACGCUUUGGCGCCCCAACCUUUGGUUUCUUGCCCAGACAAAGACCUCUACUGGGGUAGACUGCAAGAUAGAGAGGCUUCUAAUCUAUCUGGAAACCAACAAGCACCCCUCUGUCUUGGCACCCACCCCGGGUCGGCGUUCCUGCCUGCGCAUCCUAUGGCCAUACGAAGAAACCACCCAUAUCUCCUAGACUUCCCCAGCCUCCACUCUUCCCCAGCCGCACCAUUACUCUUUCCUCCACACCUGGCCCCAGCAGCAGCACCCUGGGCAGGACGGUCCCUGCUCCAGCCCGGGCACCAGAGGAUCUUGUCGGACGAGGAGGGCGAGCAGCAGGUGCCAGCCGAUUCCAGCACUGCCCUGCCUCACAAACUAAGACUGAAGACGCAGAACUCUCAGCGCAAAGAUAACAGGGCUAAAUCUGCAUCUCCAAAUCCUGCAUACAUGUCAGAUUGAAAUCCAGCUCUGACUCAUUAGUUGUGAGUCAUACAACUCAUUUUUGAUAAUUGAACAUUGGCUGUAUUCCAGGAACUUUUGUUGCACACCAUUACGAUAAAAAAAUAUUUCUUUGAUCAAAAGGUCACAUAUUCAGAUUAAGUUUCAGAGAUGCAUUUAUAGUCAAUUUUUCCAUCGUUGAGGUUUGAAGCGGCUUCAAACCCAAGUUGAAUUGUGCAUACAUCUACCAACUUUUGUUUUAUAGACACGAAAGUAGGGGGUGAGAGAAAGAGAACAGGAUUUUAGAAAUAGAAAAAGGAAUUGACCCAAAUUGGACUCGAACCGUUGAUUCUGCCAAAACUUUGGCAAUCACUUCUUUUGUGAAUGCAUUUAUGUCUGCAUUUACAUUUAUGUAUUUGGCAGAUGCUUCUAUCCGAAAGCAAUUUUUAAUUAAUGCAUUCCAAAACUGUGUUGGAGUCACAAUCCAGUUAAAGGAAUGCUACCCCCUUGUUUAAUAUAACCUAUGCUUGCUUUAAUUUAGCUGCUGGUGUCAGACUGACAUUUCAAUCAAUCAAUCAUUUUUAUUUAUAUAGCGCUUUUAACAACACAGGUUGCAUCAAAGCACUGUACAGUAUAAUGACAGGGAUGUAUAGUGACGAGAGUGACCAAU